AUUUUUUCGAAUGUAAUCAUAUCUGGCGAAUUAAAUUGUCUAAAAUUUCUAGCCAUCAUUGUCAUCUGUUUCUAUCGAUUUGUUUUGUGCAUAUGUGUGUGUAAUUUUGUUUGGAUAUCAUUUUUUCAAGAUAACAAUCAUGGACAAUAACAAUAAUAAUCUCUUGAAUCGCAAUGAAAAUAAUGAUUCUUCAUCCGAUUAUUCCGAUAAAAUUGCCAAUGUUCGGAAUAAGUUUUUGAAUCAUUAUCGAAAUGAUCCGAAAUUAUUUCAUGAAACAGAUAUCAAUAUGAUCAUGGAAAAUGAAUGGUGGACAUUACGUUUUAUUAAAUGGCAACGUGGCAAUGAAGAAAAAGCUCUUAAACAAAUGAUCGAGGCUUUUAAAUGGCGAAAAAGUUUUGGAAUCAAUGAUCGUGAUGCUAAAGAUUUGCCUAUUGAAUUUGCUAAAACAGCUGCAUUGUUUCCAUUGGGUACCGAUUACAAAGGUCGUAAUGUUAUCUAUUUGCGUGUCAAAGUAUAUAGAAAAAUUCAGGUAUUGAAUGAUUUUUUUCGACAAUUCACUGCCGGUAUAAUCAAUUAUGUAGAUCAGAAAAGUGAUCGCAAUGGUUUUGUUUUCAUGUUUGAUGCAUUCGGAGUGAGUUGGUCGAAUAUAGAUAUCGAAUUUCUUCAAUUUUUAAUUCAACUAGUUCAAUUAUAUUAUCCAUAUGGUUUGCGAUAUGCUAUCAUUUAUAAUUUACCAAGAAUAUUACGUCCGAUGUGGUCGAUUACUAAAGUUUUUCUUGGAAGUGCUGAACGAACUUUACGAUUUUGUGAUGGUGAAGAAAUUUUCAAAUACAUUCCUGCAAAAAAUCUACCACGUUAUCUAGGUGGCGAAUGUGAUUUUGAUUUCACUGAUUUUGAAGAAACACGACAAUGUCCAUCGAUUCAAGAAUUGGGUCCCAAAUUUGGUUUUACUGAAAAGGAGAUUGAAAAAUAUUUUAAAAUAUUUGAGCCGAAUAUUGAAGAGGCGAAAAAAUUGGUCAAAUAUAGUAAUAAAUUAUAAUUCUGAAAAAAACAU